AUGGCGAGCGGAUACGUACCUCAAAUCGACAAGAUGGCCGGGAUGACUCCCACGGAGCGCCGCGAGUUCUGCGACACCCCCGAGAUCGCUGCCGAUGCUUCUUCUAUUAAGCCGCCGAGCACCACCGCUAAGUACGACAGCAAUGUCUCGAUGAACACCUAUCCCGCUGUCGAUGGCAAAGGUGCGGAGCAGGCCAAGGGUCCGGCUGACAUGGAGGGCUUGACCGUUGUCUGGACGAAGAAAUGGCUGAUUGCCGCUUAUGCUGCGAUCAUGCUCAUCUCUUUCGUUAACUCUCUCCAACAACAAACCAACUUCUCAUGGCGACCCUACGUCACCUCGGCCUUCAUGAUGCACGGUCUUACGGCUAUUACCGAUAUCGUUGCGAACAUUGUCGGAGGUGUAUCGAAGCUUCCGCUGGCCAAGUUUAUUGAUAUUGUUGGACGACCUCACGGCUUUCUUCUUUGCCUGAUGUUCAUCGUCGCUUCGCUCAUUCUCAUGGCUCUAUGCCAAAACGUCCAGACCUUUUGCGCUGCGCAAGUCAUCUACUGGACAGGCAUGAACGGUGUCGAUUACAUUUUCAACAUCUUCAUCGCCGAUACCGCGCUUAUGCAGAACCGUUUGAUCUGGAUGGCGUUCACUGGAUUCCCCUACGUUGUCAACACCUUCGCUGGUCCCAAGCUUGGUGAAACCUGGCUCAACCACAGCACUUGGCGUUGGGGCUACGGAUCUUUCGCUAUCAUGACCCCAGUCUUCUCGAUUUCAUUCUGGCUGGUCUUCUGGCUCAUGGGGAGGCGAGCAAGAAAGAUGGGCGUCAUCUCGCGCGAGCCGAGUGGCAGAACGAUCUGGCAGAGCAUCAAGCACUGGUGUACCGAGUUUGACGUGAUCGGGGUCAUACUCAUCACCGGUGGGUUCUCCCUGCUGCUUCUUCCGUGGCCUUUGGCAGUCUACCAAAAGGACGGCUUCGGCUCCCCAAUGUUUAUAUGCAUGGUCAGCUUCGGAAUCUGCCUCAUCCUACUCUUCGUGGCCUGGGAACGUUACUACGCUAGCCAUGCCCUCUUCCCAUACUACCUCAUGAAGAACCGCUCGAUCAUCGCGGCAUGCCUGCUCGGUUGCAACUCCUGGAUCGCUUUUUACUCAUACCGCAUGAUGUACUCUUCAUACCUUCAGGUCGUUUUCCAGCUUUCCGUUUCCAAGGCCGGAUAUAUCACGAACAUCUUCAACAUCGUCUCGUGCACCUGGGCAAUCAUCAUCAGCUUCGCCAUGAAGUACACCGAUACCUACAAAUGGGGUGCCGUCAUCGCCGUCCCCAUUCAACUACUUAUGACUGGCCUGUUGAUCUAUCUCCGCACACCCGACUCCCCGAUAGCGAUCCUGAUCCUGGUGGAGGUACUCGGCGCCAUGGCGAGCGCUAUGCUCUACAACGUGGAGCAAGUUGCUAUCAUGAUGGCUGUACCGCACGACCAAGUCGCUGUUGCUAUCGCGCUUCUCAACCUCGUCACGGCUGUUGGUGGUGCGAUCGGCCAGUCUGUUAGCGGCACUCUAUGGGCUCAAAUCGUACCCAAGAGGCUCGUCGAAUACCUCCCUGAAGAAUCGAAGCAUCUGGCGCCAAAGAUCUAUGGUGAUAUCACUACGCAGUUGGCACUGCCAUGGGGUAGUCCGGAGCGUCAGGCCGUGGUACACGCGUUCGGCGACGCGCAGAAAAUCAUGGUGUUGAUGGGGACUUGUGCAUUUGUGCCUUGCUUCAUCUGGGUGGCCAUGCUGGAGAACCAGCGCAUGAGCGAGCGCAAGGCCCGCAAGGGUCUGCAGGCUUGA